AUGAGGUCACCAGCACAGGGCAGGCGUCUCUAUAGAGAUACUGCGCGCAUCAGGCUUGCCUCUCAGGAAGGAAUGGAUAACAGCAUUAUCAAAAGAUUGAGAGCUGAGAACAACACCAAUCCUAGAGACUCAUUAGGCUGGAUAUUCCGACAGAUACUCAUUUCUAGAUCUCAGAGAGACCAGAACAGGUGGAAAUCUGUACUUUCGGAGCAUGAUAAACGGUGUCUCGCCUAUGUUGCUUCUGGAAUACUGAGCGAUGAAUUCCGUGCACUCCUAAGAAUCCCAGGGUUGUGGCACCAGUUACCGUUUGGUAACAUGCACAAGAUACAGGCAAUGAAGUGCUUUGAAGAGUCUUCACACUACCUUACUCAGAUUCUAAGUAUCUUCACAGGUUUUGUUCGCGGAAACACGCAGCUGCUCGAAAGUAUCGACAACUACACCGUCGCAGCAUUAGAAGGGAAAUGCCCCGGGCUGUUCAAGCAUGAAAGGCGCCAGCUUGAGCCACUCUUGGAGAGCGGGAAGCUGUUGCCUGGGGCCAGCUUUCAACAGCGUCAACUGUUUUUUGACGCAGUAUGCGAGUUCAAAAGACAGAUUCCUUCACUGAGUACGUUCUUCAGGGAUAUGAACUACUUGGAAGGGUGUGCGAGAUAUAUAAAGGAGCUUGUGAAGGUUGAACGCGAUUCGACUGUGCGACAGUCCCUUCGUGAUAUUUUCCAAGGAGACGAAAAUUCGGACUGUGUCAUUCAGAGCUCCGAUACAAACUUCCACAAUCUGCGGGUGUCGGCAGUGGAGGAACAGUUUGACAUUGCACAAAGACAACUCUGGCUCUGUGCAAUGAGAAAAAGCCUGGCGUCGCCUGUUGGGCCACAGACGGCACUCCUUGCCAAGAGCAAGAGGCCCAGCGAAGAUCCUGUAUCAUUGAUACAGCUUGCGUUGGUUUCUCAGAAGCUCGGCUUCCACUCUUCUCAAAUUGACCAGCUUGCGACUGGCGAUCUCCAUAAGGAGAUUGCUACAGAAACAUUGCUCAGGAUACAGCAGCAACUCAACCACACGGAUGGACGAGACUCGUUUCAACCUGCGUUGAAAACAAUUGUGGAUCUGGUCCAAGAAAAAGUUGAAAUCCAAAACACGUUGCAGCCUUUUGUCACACAUGCUGACGAUGUUAAUCAGACCAGCUUGAAGGAAAUAGAAGGAAAUGGCGAUGAGAGCCAUGUCCAAGAUGUCGAAGCAGCUAUUCGCGUUUUGAUGAGCGACUGGCAUCCAUACGACGCGUUUACCCAGUCAGGUUUGUCGAUUUACGAAUGUUUCGACUCCGCCAUAAGUAACGAUGGUAAAAUACUGAUGCGAAGGGUCUAUUGA